AUGGAUGGAUGCCGGAGAAGGUGGGGAUGCAUGGCUAGCCCAGAAGAGCAUCUAAUUUAUAUUGCCGAUGCUGCUGCCAGCAGAUCUGGAUCUGGUGAAAGCGUCGGCACCAGAUCCGAUGAGGAGGAGGAUGGUAGUCUUCCUAGCAAACCUCAUGGGGAUGAGGAGUGGAUCAGAGAGGUGGAGAACAAAAUGUGCCGCGCACUCUUGGAUUCGAUGUUGUGGCCCUUCCAGUCCCCAGAUGAAAGAGAAACCACGAUUUGCAAGUUUACGCUGGGUAAGGAGAUCUCUCGGCCAAGGUUCGCGACGAUCGGGGAGUUCUCUCAGCCCAGAGUGGUGACAAUAGGGCCAUUUCAUCGGCAGGAGAGCACGAGUAUUUCCGACGACCAGAAAUGGGUGAUUGUGUGCUUCAUGAAUUUAUUGUGCGGUCUCGACUUGGCGCGCUGCCUCGUAAAGAUGAAAGAGGAAGCAAAAAAAGCUCGCAACAGCUACUCCGAUUUAGAUAUAUCGCAAAGCUCCGGCCCUAAAGACUACACAAGUUUCACAGAGAUGCUGCUCCUCGAUAGCUACUUCAUCUUGUUUAUCCUGACCGUUAAGAUACGCAAAAGACCGGCAGGUUAUACACUGAUGCCGCCAACACCUGAUUCUGCAAACCCACUCAAGUUGUUUCGCGACGACGCGACUAAAUUUCUCGACAUCAUAUUCAACAAAGACGAGAUCGCGCUCGAUCUACUGAUCCUUGAUAACCAAAUCCCCUUCUUCGUGAUCGAGGAGCUAUUUAAGGAGCUCAAGUUGGAUAAGCCCCUCCUCGAGUACGCCCUCGAGUUCUUCGAGAUGAUCCAUCCGAGGUCUGCCCGACAUUUCAUAGACGAGAAUAUUAGUCCUCCCAAAUUCCUACAUCUGCUCGAUCUUUUCCACUGGUCUCGGGUCCCGCAGAACAAGUACAUCGAACCAAUUAUUAGUUCGUCUUCUAAACAGCUAGAUUCUAUAUACUGGGCACCCUAUACUCCGAAUGCGAUGGAACUCAGAGAAUCCGCAACAAUGUUCGAAAAGAAGACGUCCGGCAGCAGCUCGCUAGAUAUCACAUUUCGGAGGCGUUGGUUUAAACACAUUAUUGGGGUGCUCGACAUCCCGGAGCUACACAUCCGCGACUAUAGCAGCUUCAUCUUCCAUAACCUCAUCGCCUUCGAGAUGCAAUCUUCAAGCCGGGGCCGCUGCACCGUGGCCUUUUCUGCACUUAUGCGCAACUUUCUGCAAAGAGAGGAAGAUGUGAAGCUGCUUCGGCAGAGAGGCAUCUUGGUGAGCUCGUCCAUGACCGACAGACAACUCAUCGAUCUCUUCGCGCGCUUGAGCAGAUUGACUGAAAACCAUCAAAUGCCGAGCGAUCUGUUUAACAUAUGCCAUCAGGUCCUAUCUCACCACAACCACCCAGUGAAUCAGUUCUGCGGCAGCGUCAUUAUCCGGUACUUCCCCAGCCCACUGGUGACUCUUUCUGUAUCUGCCGCCGCCGUGCUUUUUGUUCUCAGCCUCUUGCAAACCAUAUAUGCUAUGAUCAGUUACCACCACCUUGGGUGA